UAUGUUGUUUUUCAAAGUGUGGUUGGAGUAGUAGGACCGGUGUUGCUCCUACCGUGCCCCUUAUGAUUUUAUUAUUUUAAAUGUCGUCUCUUCUUGUCUUGUUAGCUGCUCUUAAACAUUUAUCUCACCUGUGACCAGCUUCCUCUCUAUGGCUUUGUCAGGGACAAUGUCUGGCACUGAUAUGACUCAUGAAAGACAUUUUGAUAAUCGAACCCUUCUUUGGGGGGUCUCACGGGCAACUUGUGAAACUACUUCUGUCUGAUCAUGAAAUUGCACACCGUGCUGAAAUUCUGACUUUGCCAGCGAAGAAGUGGCAUUGGCGAGCCCGGACGUCAGCUUUGUAUUUCAGCCAAACAAUUCCUUCUGGAAAAAACUACAGGUACUUAUUUUCAAGUUCUGUACUCAACCUGGCUGAACUGAUUGCACUUCGGCCAGAUUUGGCAGCUUUAAAAAAAAUAAUCUACUUUCAUGAGAACCAGCUUAUAUAUCCAGUGCGCAAGAGACAGGAUAGAGACUUUCAGUACGGAUACAACCAGAUACUGUCAAGCAUGGUUGCAGACUCUGUGAUAUUCAAUUCUGAAUUCAACAUGGAGUCAUUUUUGUCUUCAAUUUCGUCUCAUUUGAAGCUUAUUCCUGAUCAUCGACCCAAAGGCAUUGAUGUCAUGGUGAGACCUAAAUGCAGAGUGCUGUAUUUUCCAAUAUCAUUACCAGUAUGUGCCAAAGAGCUUCAAACAAUCAGUGUGAAAAAAGAAAGGACUGACUGUGAUUUACCCAUAGACUUAAAUUGUGUUGCAGAUGUGAAAGAAGUGAAUUGUGAAAUGAAUUGUACAUACUCAGGUCAGCUGUGUUCAGGCUCCAGUAAUUGUGGAGAGGAGCGAAAAAACAUUGAUUUUACUUCUGAAAAGCUCUCAGUAGCUGAAAUAGGAGGUAGCCUGGAAUCAAGUUUUGAAGACAGUGUUGAUAAAAAUACUCUCACAUUGGAAAAGCAGGAAAAUGAUGAGCAUAAAGAACACGGAUUAACCAGAAGCAAGAAGCCAUGUCAUCAUUCUCUUGUUCAUAUUGUGUGGCCUCACAGAUGGGAGCAUGACAAGGAUCCGGAAGCAUUCUUCAAUGCUCUGUUUUCCCUAACAGAAGAAGGUUUGGAUUUUAGGGUGUCUGUGGUAGGGGAGGCCUUUUCCGAAGUACCUGAUAUAUUCCUGAGAGCAAAAUCUCACUUGCAAGAUAAAAUACUGAAUUGGGGAUAUCAGACAAGAGAGGAUUACCUGUGCAUCAUAGAUGAAGCUGAUGUAGUAGUUUCUACUGCACAACAUGAAUUCUUUGGAGUUUCCAUGUUGGAAGCUGUGAGCAGAGGAUGUUUUCCCUUGUGCCCUAAACGACUGGUGUAUCCUGAAAUAUAUCCUGACGAAUGCCUGUACUCCACUCAAGCUCAGCUGGUGAAGCGUCUCAAAAGAUUUUGUUCUUUCCCAAAGAGUGUAAGAACUGACAAGUUCAAAGGUCUGGCUGCUCGGUUUUCGUGGACAUGCUUGCAAGCGGAUUAUAAAAACUUGUUUCCAGUUUUUGAAAAUUCACCUCCAAGCUGAUGAGAAGGACCUGGUCACGGCAACUUUAUAUUUUGUAUUAUGACGUCCAUAUUUUGCAGCUUUCAUUUCAUUGGUUAUAGGGGUUUGUUUACAGUAAAGGUCUGGAUCGAUAACAACAAAAAUAAAGGUAAACCUUGCCCUGAGGGAUUAUGAGACCUUCCGAAUAGUUGUUUUCUUGAUUUCAAUGAAUGAAAAAAAAGAAAACCCGGGAACCCCCAUUGAAUCCAAGUUUGUUGUAUCCGAGUUCCGCUACAUUUUGUAAUAUCAUAAUCAGCUAUGUUUCUGUGUCCAGGAGGAUUGUCAACAUAUACAAUUUAUUUUUAAAUCCUUGAAUCAGUGAAAAUGUACUAUCUGUUUUAAGUACAUGAGUGAUGAAUCGUGGAAAAAAAAGAAUUAUCUUUAGAUUUAGAAUGAGGACUGGUCUUAAAUCAUUAAUCAUAUAUUUUAGGCUUUUUUGGUACUGUAGUAGGCCCCUACCUCCAAUGUAGGAAUGUUUUUUUGUUUUUUUUGUAGGUCAGGUUAAAAAUGAAGGUAAAUAUCGGGGCCAGUUGCUCACAACAAGUUCGUAACACUCUCCGUUUCACUCCGUCUGGACCAUAAGCUUUGUUUAUAUUUACACUUGGAAAUGUCUUUUUAACCUUCCGCUCACUGAGCUCAACACACUCCGCCUUGCUCGACUCGUCUUUCUGCCUUUGUCUAAUUUCACUUUGCUCUUUCUCAAAAUCAUAACAAUCGAAACGGCAAUAAAAGUUGUUUAGUUCA